UCCACACACACACGCGCAUCACUCACUCGCACAGAAUCGCAUCACGCCAUCGGAAUCUCCGCCAGCUGCGCAGACUCAGCAGCCCCUCACAUCGUCACAUCAGGGUUUUCCGCCGGACUGCGCUGAUUUAGUCGAUUUAUUUAUUUAAUAACUCGUUAUAUAAUACACACCGACUUAAGAUACUCGCUCGCACGCGCGGAUCGUUCUCAACCUAGCACACCCAAUGCACCUGUCCUCCUGACAGACUUGAAGUGACAUCCCUGACCUGGAUAACGGCUGUGCCUCUUGUCUCACACUGAGGCAAGCCUCUCCAAGCAGAAGGACUCACACAUACACGAGCAGGACAGACGCCUGUGUCAGCAGCCUGCGGCACGAACGGCGCGGCAGCAGAGUCCAACACUGCAUCCACACCAUCCUCCCUCAUCUUCCUUGCCGCUGUCACUUCUGACAUGGCAGACCCCAGCCUCACGUCGCCGUCUAGGACCCCGCUGCGCUCGCCCAACGCCUCUCUCAGCCUCUCCUUCCCCUUCCUGAGGGAGAGGAGCCGUAUAUGGGAGGAGGGGAAAGAGCAGCCGCUGCCUCGAGAAUUGCCAAGUCCGUUGCCAACCAAGCGCAACCGCACCUACUCCGCUACGGUACGUGCUCAAUCAGGUCCCGUGUUUAAGGGCGUGUGUAAGAACUUCUCCAGGUCACAAGGUCACGGCUUCCUCCGACCCUCCCGCGGUGGCGAAGACAUCUUUGUUCACAUCUCAGACAUCGAGGGGGAGUAUGUCCCAGUAGAGGGCGACGAGGUCACGUACAAAGUGAGCCGGGUCCCUCCCAAGAACCUGAAAGUGCAGGCGGUGGAGGUGAAGAUCAUACAUCUCAACCCGGGGACGAAACACGAGACCUGGUCUGGCCAGAUCAUCAGCUCGUCGACCUGAACUCUGGGCCUGGUUGGUCGCGCAGGGCCACGUGGGGGAGGACGGACCCGUCAUAGGACUGAUAACUUACAAUCUGUGCUAAAAUCCUUUCUUUAAAAACACGUUUUAUCUACACAGCAAAGUGCCCAAUGAUAAUUCAUGUGUCGUUCAUGCGUCUACUCGUAGAGCGGAUGCACUGUUCAAAGCUGUCCACUGCACUGAUGAACUUGCUGUGUAUGUAAGACUGACCAUUUAUUCACUGUAUGGAAAAAGACACAUUUGUGUUUAUUUAUUUCUAUUUUUGUCGUGACAGCAGUAAUAAAAGUCAAACCGGAUCAAACCGGAGAAAGGCUUUUAGGCCUCAUUUUUCAGAAAGAUUAGCCCUGUAAAGUAUUACAACAAACUGGUAAAAAAAAGUGGACAUACCUGUGUUGCAGGUCUGCAGACUGAGGCAUGACAGCUGAGUGUACAUGCGAGGAAGGAGAGAAGGCUGAAUUCACUUCUUUGCCGCUGUUGCGCACUUUACUUCAGCUGCGUUUCCAGGAUCACAUGUUGGGUGCAGGUCAGAUUAUCACAGCCUACACAUCUUUGGACAGAUGAGAAGAAACUUUGAAUUCAUAAUCAACACGAAGAACAAUAUCCCCAAAUAUGAAUAGAUGUUUGCACCCUAGACAGGAUGUCCUAUUGGCUCCUUUUGGCACCAGUUUAGAAACAUCACCAUACAGGACAAGGAGACGCUUAUGUGUGGAGUGAGUUCAAAGUUAUGAAUUAAGUUUGUCUUCAACAGAAAAAGCAUGAAGGGAGACCAGGAGUAAGACAGGCAGAUCACAUUAAACCAAGCAUGAAUAUUUCAAAAGUUUGAAGAGGUUACUUUACUGUGAAUGGAAAGUGAUUGCAAGUAUUUUCCUAGAAAACACAUAUCCUUGGUUGUGUGUCUUUUGUGGUUAUUUAUUUUAAUGAUGUAUUUAUUUAAUCAGAUUUGUGUGCGACCUUAGAUUGCGAGCUCUAUAUUUCGGGUAAGUGCAGGCAAAGCUUGCACUUAAGAAAUUUGAAAUUCCAAAAUGAAAACUGCCAGAAAAACUUCGAUCAACAUCACUGUCAGGUUUUUCAAAAUUUGUAGAGUAGUUUGAAAAACAUCUUGGGCCGGAUAUUGCUGAUAAAAAAAAACUAUUUGUAAAUCUCUUUUUCUAUUAUCAGAAAAACAUGUAUCUGUGUGUGUUUAUUAUGUGAUGGUGAACUACAUGACUUCAUUGUUAUCAUAGAUCAUCGACACAUCAACGCUGUUUGUAGUUAUUCAGUUUUUGCUCAGUGUGCCGUGUGUCAUUUUCUAUUAUGUCUGUUCCAUAGAGUCUCUAUGCAUCUUGUCUGUCUGUCAGUGUCACUGCCUGAACUUGUUCAACCUAACUUUGGAUUUAUUUAAGGGCACUUUAUUUUGUGGACGAGCCACGGUGGUGGUGAUCCCCAUGAUUACGUCUACUGAGCCUUGAAAGAACAUUAAAGCAUUUUAUGAUUCACGUG